GAAUUAAGUAACUUGAAUUUUCAAGUUAGUAUGUUGAAUUUUCAAGUUAGUAUGUUGAAUUUUCAAGGUAGUAACUCGAAAUUUCAAGGUAGUAACUUGAAUUUUCAAGUUAGCAUCUUGAAUUUUCAAGCUAGUAUGUUGAAUUUUCAAGUUAGUAUCUUGAAUUUUCAAUUUAGUAUGUUGAAUUUAGUAACUUGA